GUUACACAAUACCUUUGUACUGAAAUAUUUUUAUUGAGCCUCGUUGUUCCAUGUUGAGCCUCUGGAGUCAUGUGACGGAGGUGUAAUAGCUCCCUGGAUUCAUCAUUGUACGCUGGCUGCCUCACCUGUAUUUCCUACUGGCUAUGGAUCAGAUACACCUUUUUAAAAUGAAAGACCCACUUGCAGGCUCCACCUAUGACAGGGUUUACAAGGAUCUGAAGAACAUAUCUAAACAUGGAGAGAUCUUUUGCAAAACUCUUAUGUCUGCCCUGCAACAGAGGUCUAACCUAGAACUGAGUUAUGCCAAAGGACUGGAGAAGGUAGCGAACAAGCUGACAAAGGCAUUGGCCAGUGUGAAUAAAAAUUGCAUUAAUAAUGCCUGGACUUGUGCUUCUGAUGAAAUGAGGACGACAGCAGAAGUACACAGGAAACUAGGCACAGCCAUUCAACAAGAAGCCAUAAAACCAACCAGUCAAGUCUUGGAAGAACAUGAAAAAAAGAAGAAAAAACUAGAUAAUGAAGUAGAGAAGAUGACAAGUUCUGUAUUGAACAACUGGAAGCAGCAGAUAAAGGUCAAAAAAAAACUUAUGGAACAUACCAAAAAACAUGAAGCUCUUUUCCAUCAUGUGGAAAACACUAACAAGCAAUCAGUGUCGGAAAAAGAAAAACAGAAGCUUCUCAGUAAGCUAAAAAAAUCAGUAGAGACACUAACCAAAACGGAUGAAGAAUAUUAUCAAGAGAAUAUCACCGGUCAAACAGUUCGGCUGAAAUGGGAAAAUGUGCUGGAAAAUUGCUAUACGAGUAUUCAAGAUCUUGAAAAAGAAAGAAUACAACUCCUUUCUCAUAUCCUCACUCGGUACAACCAACAUGUGUUAACUUUCGGACAGACACUAAACACUUGUCAAAGCCAGAUUGAUCAAGCCAUCAAAAGCAUUGACGUUGAAAAGGACAUUCAGACCUUCAUGGAGGAAACAGCCAUUUAUUCUGGAGACAACAAAUCAGAAUUUCUUCUGAUGGAUUAUUUUGAGGAAGACAGUUCUGUUAUAAUGGACAAGGAAAGAAGGAUAGCUUCCAUUAACAUGAAACUUGAGAGACUGCAGAGUGAUAUUGAUAAGGCACAGAAAGACAAGGAUGGACUGGAGAAGAUGCUAAAGGCUUAUGUAGAUAAUCCAGCCUUUUCUGAUGUGAAAAAUGAAGAAAAUACAUAUGUACUUUUGGAAGAGACAAACCUUAAAAUACAUUUGUUGGAAGCAAAUCACUUCAAGCUGUUAUCAACCCUUGCAGAGCUAGAAGGAAAGACUAUAUCACCCCAUCCAUGCAGCGAACGGAUCUCAAAAUGGAAAGAAAAGGGUUCCCAGCAUUCCUCUGUUUACAUAUCACGCUCGAUCAACACUAAAAAACUUAAACGUUUGGAAAGCCAUCGGAUUUCUGACAGAUCAAGAGGAAGCAUGAGCCACUCAGUAUCUUUUGAUGAUUCGGCGGUAUCCGAUACCAUUGAUUACCCCAGCAAACCCCCGCGAGGUCUUUCCAGGAGGGUUAAAGAUCCUCACGAAGAGAAUACCCUUCAAAAUGAAAUAAAUGAACAUCAAAGAAGCUCGUGCACAGUUUUAUACCCAUAUAAACCCCAACGGCAGGAUGAACUGGGCUUGCAAAAAGGUGAUCUUCUAGAAGUUCAUCACAAGGAUGAUGAUGGCUGGUGGUACGGAAGCCUCAAUGGGAAGAAAGGCUAUUUUCCCUCUACUUAUGUUCAGGAGCACACAACAGAUCAAUCAUCUCAUGCAUAGUAACUGGAAUUAAGCUUAUUUGCUUCUUUGUAAAUGGUGUAAUUCUAAUUUCAGUUCGGUUGUCUGCAGAAAUAGCUCAAACCAUUUUCUUCCAUAUACAGCUUGCACAGUUCCAACCAGGGAGGCUGGUUUAUCCAUUUUUUAAACGUAAAAAAUGUAGUUAUUUCCUCAAAUUGCGGUAAAAGUGGGAUCUCAAAUUUUAAUAAGUAGUCUCUAGGGAUGGGUAAAUAUUUUGACCUUGUUUCGUCGUGGAAAUGACGCCCAUAGACGUGUAUGGUGGCGCGCAUAAAAAAAGACUUUAAUGGGCGUCUGCGACAUUUCGCCAGCAGCGAAUUUUGUCGAAGCGAAACUGGUCAAAUUCGCCCAUGCCUAGACCGUCUCCUUAGAGUAUACAUUCCUAUUACAUUCCAUAUGGAAAGACUAGAGAAGGAUGGAGCAAGCAAAGAACAGGACAGAUGGGGAUGGAUCUAGCAGGUGUAAAACAGGACAGAUUGGAGCAGGACUGAGAGUCUGCAGAACAAGAUUGACUGGAGAAAGGCAGAUUUUAUCACGAAUGACUAGAGUUGGAUCAUGGAACAGUUGUAGAACAGGACAGAGUGGAGCAGAUUACAAGAAUGCAACAGCAAGUCAGGACAAGCUAGAAGGCAAGAAUAAUCAGUCCAAUAUAAUAUUUCACAGGUUAAACAGGGAUGUAAUUGAACAGAUAGGACCUUUGGCAACUCCCUGCAGUUUAUGUUAUCAACUGUUAGUGAUAAUGAGAUUACACUGGUGAAACAAUGUUUAGGGUUGUUACCCUGAUCCAGUUAGGAGAGAGCCCAUGCCUAAGGUAAUAAUCCAGAACAACAUAAUACGUUUCAUUGUUCUCAGUAGCUUCUCCAGUUCAGCUGAAGUCCUGGGAAUGGUUCCAUUUUUUGUAUAUAAUAUUCUUAAAAUAAAUAAUUAUCCAUCCUUA